AUGGCUACACAGCAGGGUGGAGAGCUACCAGAAGUGCAUUUAUCACCAUCGACGGCGUUCUACACCCCGUCGAGGGCGCCUCUCGUUAUUCCUGUCUAUAGCAAUACGCAGCUCACCACGACGGUCCCCGUUCACCGCCAUUAUGCAUCCAAUCCCGACGCGUCAUAUACGGAAUCUGUACGCAAAAAUAUCGCGCCGUCCUUGCCGCCCGUCCUUGGUAAACUGCACCAUCGUCACAUUCCACUACCAUCGCAGGCUGAGAGCGACGUCCUGACAGUGGUACAUCCACUGUUACGACCAAGGCAUGGAGAGAAGAUGAUCGAGCUCGACUUCGCUCACAGUCUGUCGGGCGUGCGUGUUUUUAGUCACGGUGGCUGCGUGAACGAGGCAGCAACCAACCCGCCUCUUCCAUCACUGGCUAUCGUCCACCCGAUGCUUCCAUGGCCAGUAGUCAUUCAUAGGCCGGGCCAUCGAGAGUGGGUUACAGUUGCCGACGUCGUCGAGAACCUGUGGUAUGCUCUGCAGAUACCCGUCCCCCCGCAAACUUGGUCAUCGUCGCUAUCGUCUCCGCUCCUCGAAAGUCAGGACAACGCGCCCUUUGCCAGUUAUUGUAGCAUGCCAGAUGGGGUGGAGCGAGAAAUAGUUCCUAGGCUGGUGUAUUUGAGGGGAAAGACGCGAUUUAUGGGUCUCCGGGCUAUAGGAAGCGACACAUGGGAGCUACUCGUUGCGUAG